AUGGACAGGCGAGCCUCUUCCACCCCGUUACAUGGACAGGCGAGCCUUUUCCACCCCGUUACAUGGACAGGCGAGCCUCUUCCACCCCGUUACAUGGACAGGCGAGCCUCUUCCACCCCGUUACAUGGACAGGCGAGCCUCUUCCACCCCGUUACAUGGACAGGCGAGCCUCUUCCACCCCGUUACCUGGACAGGCGAGCCUCUUCCACCCCGUUACCUGGACAGGCGAGCCUCUUCCACCCCGUUACCUGGACAGGCGAGCCUCUUCCACCCCGUUACCUGGACAGGCGAGCCUCUUCCACCCCGUUACCUGGACAGGCGAGCCUCUUCCACCCCGUUACCUGGACAGGCGAGCCUCUUCCACCCCGUUACCUGGACAGGCGAGCCUCUUCCACCCCGUUACCUGGACAGGCGAGCCUCUUCCACCCCGUUACCUGGACAGGCGAGCCUCUUCCACCCCGUUACCUGGACAGGCGAGCCUCUUCCACCCCGUUACCUGGACAGGCGAGCCUCUUCCACCCCGUUACCUGGACAGGCGAGCCUCUUCCACCCCGUUACCUGGACAGGCGAGCCUCUUCCACCCCGUUACCUGGACAGGCGAGCCUCUUCCACCCCGUUACCUGGACAGGCGAGCCUCUUCCACCCCGUUACCUGGACAGGCGAGCCUCUUCCACCCCGUUACCUGGACAGGCGAGCCUCUUCCACCCCGUUACCUGGACAGGCGAGCCUCUUCCACCCCGUUACCUGGACAGGCGAGCCUCUUCCACCCCGUUACCUGGACAGGCGAGCCUCUUCCACCCCGUUACCUGGACAGGCGAGCCUCUUCCACCCCGUUACCUGGACAGGCGAGCCUCUUCCACCCCGUUUCCUGGACAGGCGAGCCUCUUCCACCCCGUUACCUGGACAGGCGAGCCUCUUCCACCCCCGUUACCUGGACAGGCGAGCCUCUUCCACCCCGUUACCUGGACAGGCGAGCCUCUUCCACCCCGUUACCUGGACAGGCGAGCCUCUUCCACCCCGUUACCUGGACAGGCGAGCCUCUUCCACCCCGUUACCUGGACAGGCGAGCCUCUUCCACCCCGUUACCUGGACAGGCGAGCCUCUUCCACCCCGUUACCUGGACAGGUGAGCCUCUUCCACCCCGUUACCUGGACAGGUGAGCCUCUUCCACCCCGUUACCUGGACAGGUGA